GUGUGUGACGUAUUUCCGGUGUCAUGUCGGCAUGCUGCUGAUGCCGCGUGUGUCUCUUUCUGUAAGUGAGUAAGUUUAAAUCCAGAAGAACGACAACAGUUUUCGUGGCGAAUGCACAAACUUUGUACAGAUGGCAGAAGUUGUCCAGGAGAAAAGUCGUGGCUUGAAGUUUGCAGAGCAGCAGCUGCUGCGUCACGGCUGGGAACACGGUAAAGGACUGGGACGAGCUGAGAACGGCAUUUCAGAAGCGAUCAAGGUCAAAGUGAAGUGUGACAAAGGAGGGGUUGGCCAUAAAGAAGGAGAGCAGUUCACUUUCCACUGGUGGGAUCAUGUCUUCAAUAAGUCCUCCUCCAGUCUGCAGGUGGAGUCUGAUGAAAAUGGUAUAAAGGUGAAGAAGACUCCAGAGGAAGAUGGAGAAGACGGCACCAUCUCCAACAAAAGACCACGGAAAGCCGCGCUGGCUAAAGCCAAACUCUAUGGAUGCUUUGUCAAGUCGUCCACACUGCUGUCUGGUCAAAAGCAGCCAGAACCAAAGUCUUCCUCCUCAGACGACAGCAGCAGUUCAGACGACGACAACGACGACCACAGACUGGAUCUCUCCAGCGCCACCAAGCUCUCUGAUGCUGAUCUUGUGAAGGCGUGUGGAGGACGCACAGCUCACAAAGGAGCCAGACAUGGUUUGACCAUGAGCGCCAAGCUAGCAAGACUGGAGCAGCAGGAGGCGGAGUUCAUGGCCAAGUAUGGCAAGAAGAGCCAACCGCUGAACCACUCAGUGGUCUCUGGUAAACCAGCUCACUGUGGUGAGGAGAGAGUGGAGAGGCAGGAGGAGACUGCUGAGGAUACUCGCAACAAGAAGACGACGAAGAAGAAGAAGAAGAAGAAGAAAUCGGCUCAGAGUGUCAAUGAGCUUAACGGCAGCGAGGCAUCUGAAAGUACUGAAGCAGAUGUUAAGCCCAAGAAGAAGAAGAAGAAGAAAGCCAACAAUGAUGCUGUUUGUACUGAGGACAUUGUCCAUGUAGAACAUAGUGAGGCAGAUUGUUCCCACCAAACAGAAAGAAAAGAGAAGAGGAAGAAUAAAGCAAAGCAGAAGGAAGAAGAAUCCGCCCUCACCUCACCGGCAGCAGAGACAGCUGAGCUGCAACCUGACACUGAGAUGAAGAAGAUGAAGAGGAAGAAAGGCCACAAUGAGGAAGAUACAGUAUCCAGCCAAUCAGAGGACAGUGCUCCAAAAACAAGAGAAGGUGCCGUUUUGAUGGAGGAAGCAGAAGUUAAAGAGGAAGAAUCCACAGAAAACCACAAAAGGACCAAAUGUAAAAAGGAAAAGUCAUUUGUUGAUGUCAAAGGAAACGAGGAGGCAAUUCCUCCAAAGAAGAAGAAGAAGAAGAAGUCGAAAGUGUAGAAAGAAUGGAUAAGUUAAACAUGACUCUGAUAGUUCAGGUUUGUGGAAGUGUGGCUCUGUGAGACAGUAGUCAGGAUUGACUAAGCUUGAGACUUGAUACUCGAUGAAAACAUGGCUGAUUUUAGCUUCAUAACAAAAGGCUCACUGAAUGAAAUCUACAUCAUCUACAUGUGUCAGUACUUGAUACAACCACAUUUAAAAAUCCUCACCUUUCCCUUUAGAUCUGCUUUGGUUUAUCAACUAAACCCAGACAAUUCUUCCACAUGUUCAGUCCAACAUUUUCAGAUUGACUGUGAGUUCAAUGAUAGAAAAGCAUUAUUCUAACAUUAUUCUAACAUGUCAAUGAAACAUGUCGUUGUCACUCACAGAUGCUGCCUGAACCCAGAGGUUGAAACAUUAAUUAAAAGUGAAUUACAUCGAUAACCUAAUAGAACAAGGCGAUCAGAGACGUCGACCUACACGUGUGACGCACUCUGUGGUGUAACGGUGGAGCGUCUGACUCCAGGUUCAAAUCCAGGGUCAAAAUUGUGUGUCGAUCACAAAUGAACAGAUUUCAUGCAUUUGUUUUAUUUUCAAAAGACGUUUGCAAGUGAUGUAAAAACCAAAUGUCACUGGAUUGAGAAUAUUAAAGAGAACUUGAUAAAUAACAUA